AUGCUCCGCUCACUCAGACAAAUCGACCCCCUUAAUCUCCUUUCCACUUCCAAAGAUGAGCUAUGGGUCGCCCUACGCCUCCGAGUCCGAUCAUUCUACAAGCUCAAUUCAUUGUCUUUGGGCAUUGAGGAUCACAAGUACUUAGUAGAGCGAGAGUAUGGAGCGAUUGAGGAACUGAUUUUUGGGUUACUGCCUAAUGUUUAG